GUGUGACCCAAUUAAUUAAUUAUUUAGUCAAUCCGCCACAAAAUUAUUUGACUAGCUUCUUAUGUCUAUAUGAGUAGUGACUACUACAUAUUAAUAGACUAAAGUUUAAGGUCAGAGCUAGUAAGUUAUUUAAAAAAUGGGUUCAAUUUGGGUUACAUUGUUGUUUAUAAGUUCAAUAAUGGUUGUUGAUGGGGGAGUUGGAAUUCCAAGGACAAUAGAUGGACCCUUCAAGCCUGUAACGGUUCCACUUGACAAAAGCUUCCGUGGACACGCAGUGGAUAUACCAGACACAGAUCCUCUUGUUCAAAGAACUGUUCAAGGUUUUCAACCUGAACAGAUUUCUCUCUCUCUCUCUACCUCUCAUGACUCUGUUUGGGUUUCUUGGAUUACAGGAGAGUUCCAAAUUGGAGAGAAUAUAGAACCAUUAGAUCCUGAAAAAGUAGCUAGCAUUGUUAAAUAUGGAAGGUUCGGAAGGUCAAUCAAUCGCCAAGCUGUUGGUUAUUCCCUUGUGUACAGUCAGUUAUACCCUUUUGAAGGACUUCAGAACUACACUUCUGGAAUUAUACAUCAUGUUCGUCUCACAGGAUUGAGAGCCAACACUCUAUAUCAAUAUCAAUGUGGAGAUCCUUCUUUAUCAGCAAUGAGUGAUAUUCAUUAUUUCAGGACUAUGCCAGUUUCAGGCCCCAAGAGCUACCCUAGUAGAAUAGCAGUGGUUGGGGACUUAGGUCUUACAUACAAUACAACAUCAACCGUCGAUCAUAUGGCCAUCAAUCAUCCUGAUCUUAUUCUAUUGGUUGGAGAUGCUAGUUAUGCUAACAUGUAUCUUACUAAUGGUACUAGUUCAGAUUGCUACUCUUGCUCAUUUUCUAAUACUCCCAUCCAUGAAACGUACCAGCCGCGUUGGGAUUAUUGGGGAAGGUACAUGGAAACUCUGAUUUCUAGUGUUCCAAUAAUGGUUGUAGAAGGGAAUCAUGAGAUAGAAGCACAAGCUGAGAACAAGACAUUUGUUGCAUAUAGUUCUCGAUUUGCAUUUCCAUCAGAAGAGAGUGGAUCAUCGUCCACUUUCUAUUAUUCUUUCAAUGCUGGAGGAAUACAUUUUAUAAUGCUCGGUGCCUACAUAUCGUACAACAAGUCAGGGGACCAGUACAAAUGGUUGGAGAGAGACUUGGCUUCUGUUGACAGGGAAGUAACUCCAUGGUUAGUAGCUACGUGGCAUCCACCUUGGUACAGCACCUACAAGUCACAUUAUAGAGAGGCAGAGUGUAUGAGAGUGGAGAUGGAAGACUUACUAUAUACAUAUGGUGUUGACAUUGUCUUCAAUGGACAUGUUCAUGCCUAUGAGAGAUCAAACCGAGUAUAUAACUACACGUUGGAUCCCUGCGGUCCUGUUUAUAUCACAGUUGGUGACGGCGGUAACCGGGAAAAGAUGGCAAUUACUCAUGCCGAUGAACCAGGAAACUGUCCAGAACCAUCAACUACACCAGAUGACUUUAUGGGUGGUUUUUGUGCCUUUAAUUUUACGUCUGGGCCAGCAGCCGGUAAAUUCUGUUGGGACCAACAGCCUGAUUAUAGUGCUUUUAGAGAAAGUAGCUUUGGACAUGGGAUUCUAGAGGUGAAGAAUGAAACUCAUGCCUUAUGGAGUUGGCACCGCAAUCAAGAUAUGUACGAUAUCGCUGGCGAUGCGAUUUACAUUGUUAGACAGCCUGAUAAGUGUCCACCAGUCAAGACAGAGGAUAGAGCUAAAAAAAUUUAACUUUGAGAAACACUAAGAAUGUGAAAUCAUUUCUAGAAGUGGAGCUCGGGAUUUAUUAUUUGGCAUCAUGUCAGUAUGUCACCUUGUGUUGCCAAUGGGAGGUGUACCGUAUGCAAUUUGUUCCCAGCAUAAACAUUGUAUUCAUUCAUCCUUGUAAAAUUAAUUUGUAACAAUCUCUUGAAAUCAUAAUACUCUCUCUCUCUCACACAUAAACUAAAUUAAUUGAAGAUCAGAUAUUUAUGAUUUUAAGCUGUAUCAUAAAUUGUAAGUCAGAUUUUAAAAGUUAUCAGCUGUAAAAUAAAUCACUUGAUCUCUAUUUAACAA